AUGACGACCUUCAUCCCCGCCCUGACGUUACCCCACCAGGUAUUCGAGAAUGCCGCGGCCUCGAUCCUGUUGCCCAUUGCUCUAGGAACAGCCGUCGGCUACUCAUCUAGACCCAAAGAUACCCAAAAGACCUAUGCCGCCAUCAAGAACCCUCCCCUGCGCCCCCCGCCAUACGUCUUUGGUCCCGUAUGGACUCUCCUCUAUGGCAUGAUGGGCUACGCCGCCUACCGCGCCGUCCACAACGGGCUCUCUCCUUUCUCUACAAUUGAGCAAAUCAACAUGACCAAGCAAGGCGCGACCCUCUAUACCAUCCAGCUCGGCCUCAACCUCAUCUGGAUGCCCCUCUUCUUCGUCUGGAAACGCCCAAUUGAGGCCACUGUCGAUAUUGUGGCUCUGCUCGGAGUGAACUCCUACCUGACCUACCUGUGGGGCUCCGUCGACCGUGUCGCCGGAGGUCUUCUUGUCCCCUACCUCGGCUGGCUCGGCUUCGCUACCUACCUCUGCGCCGGCGCUGGAUACCUCAACAACUGGGAUCUCAAGGGCGCCGAGGAGAGGGCCGCCGCUGGCAAGAAGGAGUAG